CUAUGGACUAUGAUAUUUUUGUUUGACUGAUGUUCUCCAUAGUACUUCGUAUUUAUGUUUGCAAUUCAUACAAGAAUAAGAAUGGAAUUUAACUAGCAACAAUUGUAGUAGUACUAGUUUUAAAACCAAAAAGACUGCACACAUGCACGGAUCUCCAAUCCUAAAUAACCCCAAAUGCCAGGACUAUCCUCUCCGUCUUCAUUGUUUAUCCGAUUCAAAUCAAAAAAAUCGAACCAAACCUCUUAGAUACUCUUUGAAUUGUCCGUAUAACUUUGCUUUUUCGAAGUUUUAUUGUCAUUCUAAGAAUUCAUCACAGGUUGAAAAACAAGCUAUGGCUUGCAAGGAAAGUGAAGAAAAUAGUUUGCUGAAGAAUGAAGUAUGGCAAGAUCAAUCUUUCUUCAAAUGGAGGAAGAGAGAUGCUCAUGUUCCACUACGCUGUCAUGAUUCGAUAGAAGAAUCUCUCAGAUACUGGCUUGAAAGAAAUAAGGUGGGUUUAUCCGCUUCAAACUUGGCCACUUGGGAUGACAAUGCUGUAGCUGAAGCUCUGAAUUGUGCCUCUUCUUGGGUUAAAGGCUUGCCUUUUGUGAAAUCUUUAUCUGGCCAUUGGAAAUUUCACUUGGCUUCUGGUCCAAGUGGUGUCCCGCAAAAUUUCUACCAUAGUGAAUUUCAUGACAAUGAUUGGGGAACUGUGCCAGUUCCUUCAAAUUGGGAGAUGCAUGGAUAUGGGCAGCCUAUCUAUACCAACACAGAAUAUCCGUUCCCUGUUGAUCCCCCGCAUGUUCCUGCAGAAAAUCCAACUGGCUGUUACAGAACAUAUUUUGAUAUUUCUAAUGAAUGGAAAGGUCGAAGGAUAUUGUUGCAGUUUGAAGCUGUUGAUUCUGCUUAUCAUGUGUGGGUAAAUGGGUUUCCUGUUGGAUACAGUCAGGAUAGUCGGCUUCCUGCUGAAUUUGAAAUCUCUAAAUACAUCCAUCCAUGUGGUUCAGAAAAGAAAAAUGUUUUAGCUGUCCAAGUCUUUAGAUGGAGUGAUGGCUCUUACCUUGAAGAUCAAGAUCACUGGUGGUUGUCCGGUAUCCAUCGAGAUGUGCUGCUUCUGGCAAAACCUCAGGUGUUUAUUGCUGAUUAUUCUUUCAAAAGUUACUUGGAUGGAAGUUUCUCUCAUGCAGACUUAGAAGUAGAGGUGAAAGUUGACACGUCACAAGGAACGUCUCGAGAUUGCAUCCUUUCUGAUUUUACUCUAGAAACAGGGGUUUACGACAAUGGAAAGUGGGAUGAAAAUGAUGCAUCAGACAAUCUCCUUGCAUCUCUGGUGACGCAGAUGGAACUUAUCCCGCCUCCAAGUUUCAGGUUUAAUGGAUACCAUUUUAAAGGAAAGAUAGACCGACUAAGGCUAUGGUCUGCUGAGCAGCCAAAUCUGUACACAUUGGUAGUGAUCUUGAAAGAUGCAUCUGGCAAUGUUAUUGAUUGUGAAUCAUGUCAGAUAGGCAUUAGGCAAAUAUCAACUACUCACAAGCAGCUACUAAUCAAUGGACAACCCGUUACAAUAAGAGGCGUAAACAGACAUGAGUUCCACCCACGUCUCGGGAAGACAAAUUUGGAGCAUUGCAUGAUUAAGGACUUGGUAUUGAUGAAGCAAAAUAACAUCAAUGCUGUAAGGAACAGCCAUUACCCUAAUCAUUCUCGGUGGUAUGAGUUGUGUGAUCUAUUUGGCAUGUAUAUGAUAGAUGAAGCGAACAUUGAGACACAUGGUUUUGAUCACUCUGGUCCUUUCAAACAUCCUACUAUGGAGCCCUCCUGGGCUGCUCCUAUGCUUGAUCGUGUGAUAGGCAUGGUUGAAAGGGACAAAAAUCACGCAUGCAUCUUUUCUUGGUCCUUGGGCAAUGAGGCUGCAUAUGGGCCAAAUCAUUCUGCUUUAGCAGGUUGGAUUAGAGGAAGGGAUCCGUCUAGGGUGAUACAUUAUGAAGGAGGUGGAUCCAGAACCUCUUCUACUGAUAUUGUAUGUCCCAUGUACAUGCGUGUCUGGGACAUUCUAAAGAUUGCCAAUGAUCCAAAUGAAUCAAGGCCUCUUAUUUUAUGCGAGUAUUCACAUGCAAUGGGGAACAGCAAUGGGAGUCUACACGAGUACUGGGAAGCUAUUGAUAAUACAUUUGGUCUUCAGGGAGGCUUCAUAUGGGAUUGGGUCGAUCAGGGAUUACUGAAGGAAGGUGCCGGGGGAAUGAAGCACUGGGCCUAUGGAGGAGAUUUUGGUGAUAUUCCCAACGAUUUAAACUUCUGCCUCAAUGGACUUGUGUGGCCUGAUAGAACUCCUCAUCCUGCACUGCAUGAGGUAAAAUACCUUUAUCAGCCAAUUAAAAUUUCACUCUCGGAAGGAUUGCUGAAGGUAGCAAAUACUCACUAUUUUCAAACAACGCAAGGAUUGGACUUCCACUGGUUCAUUCUCGGGGAUGGAUCUGAACUAGACUCUGGAGUAUUAUCUCUGCCACAAAUUGAGCCCCAGAGUAGCCAUUCAAUGGAAUGGGUAUCUGGUCCAUGGUACACCGCUUGGACUUCAUGUAAUGCUGAAGAAAUUUUCUUGACACUAACAGUGAAACUUGUCGAUUCUACUCGCUGGGUGGAAGCUGGUCAUGUUAUUUCAUCAACACAGCUGCAGUUGCCUACCAAGAAAAGUCUUGUUCCUCAUGUUCUCAGACCUAAGGAUCCUGUUCUUCGAACGGAGAUUAAUGGAGAUUUGAUCAAGAUUUUCCAGCAGGAAUACAGUGAGAUUAUAUUCAACACUCAAACUGGUUUGAUAGAGAGCUGGAAGGUGCAAGGAGUUCCCGUGAUGAACAAAGGCAUUGUUCCUUGCUUUUGGAGAGCUCCUAUCGAUAAUGACAAAGGGGGUGGUGAUGAGAGUUAUUUGUCGAAGUGGAAAACAGCUCUCCUUGAUUACAUAGAAUUUUUACCCAAAAGCUGUUCUGUUCAAGAUAAAACAGGAUAUUUCGAAAUAGCUACUACCUUUCUUGGAAUUCCAAGUUCUAAAAACAGUUCUGAGCCAAAAGAAUCUGAUAUCACUUUUACCGUUGAUAUAACUUAUAUAAUCUACGGUUCUGGAGACAUAAUCGUUGAAACUAAUGUCAAACCUCGGUCUGAUCUUCCACCUUUACCUCGGGUUGGAAUUGUGUUCCAUGUAGACAAAGCAGUCGAUAGAGUUAAUUGGUAUGGCAAGGGGCCAUUUGAGUGUUAUCCCGAUAGAAAAGCAGCUGCCCAGGUAGCAAUUCAUGAGAAAACUGUUGGUGAGAUGCAUGUUCCGUACAUAGUUCCUGGAGAAUGUGGUGGAAGGGCAGACGUUAGGUGGUUAACAAUGCAAAACAAGGAUGGCGUUGGAAUUUAUGCUUCCAUAUAUGGUAGUUCUCCAUCAAUGCAAAUGAGUACAAGCUACUACACAACAACUGAGCUAGAUCGAGCUACUCGUAAUGAAGAUCUUGUUGAAGGGGAGGACAUUGAGGUUCAUCUCGAUCACAAGCAUAUGGGAUUAGGUGGAGAUGAUAGCUGGACCCCUUGUGUCCAUGAUAAGUAUUUGAUCCCCCCUGUGCCUUGUUCGUUUUCGAUCAGAUUAUCUCCACUCACUACUGAACUUUCAGGACAGGUUCUUUACAAAGCCCAGCAACAAGUUUAACAGCAAGAGUUUUGCUUGAUCUCUUCCGAUUCAUUUGAGAAUAAGAUGUGCAUGUCCUACAAAGAGAAGACAUUGAUUAGUCACCCGAGUUUGGUCUGGAAUGCAAGUACUUCUAUGCUCGAAAAUUAAUGUAACUUUAGGUUUAGGGGAUGGGAAUGAAAUUAUUGAAAUAGAUCAGCUUGCAGAAUGCGCUUGGUUUCAUUCUUGUGGAUCAAACAAGAGAAUUAAUCAAUCUUUGUGAAUCCAAGUGUUUUUACAUAACUAAUGUUUUUCUCAUCAACUGCAACAUUUUUAAGUUGAUCAUUCUCCUUAGGAUAGUUUUAUCGGUUUUUUUUUUUUUUUUUUUUCAAAUAAUAGUUCUCAACAAAAAAUAUUCCGAUCUUAUGUUGAAAGGGAAAAUAAAUCUGUUGGUACCAUCCACAUUGAAUAGUAGUUAAUUUUCUUUUCAAUACAAAACCGCUAAUUGGAAUAUGCUAUACCUUUCAAUACAGUGAAAGGUUGGAUCACUUAUCAGAGAAGGCAAGCAACAGCUCCAAGUCAGAAUAGGCAAGCAACAUCUUCUGCAACAGCCCCAAAAUCUGUUAUAACAUAAUGAUGACGUGUUAGCAAGUAUAAUAUGCAGGCUAUAACAAACUAUGGAACAUUCUAGGGGAGGGAAUGAGUCAGUAUUCUGUAAGGGAGGGCAAAUCUAAGAUAUAUAUGUGCAUGUAAUAAAUGAUGAUAGCAUGAGUGAUAUUAUUUAAGUUUACCUUUGAGGUACGGAGUCCCCUGUUGUCUCAAAAAACAGAUCAUUGUAAUCAUCCUUUAGCUUUUUUCCAUUAAUACAACUCUUCCUUGCUCUCUU